CUGGGAGCUUCUCAUCUCCUUUUGCAGAGGAGGGCUGUCAGUCUGGUGGGGUGUGUACUGGUGGGGACCCCAGCACCCCCUACCAGCUGUUCCCACAUCACACCCCCCACCCCCACCAGCAGCAACAGCAGCAGCAGCAGCACCACACACACACAAAAAUUGGAUACAUUUUGAAUAAAGCGAUUCGGUUCCUUAUCCGGGGACUGGGUUGCUCCGUGUGAUUGGCCGGCGGAGUCACAUGGUGAAAGUAACUUUACAGGGUCGCUAGCUAGUAGGAGGGCUUUAUGGAGCAGAAAAACGACAAAGCGAGAAAAAUUAUUUUCCACUCCAGAAAUUAAUGAUCAUGAGCUCGUAUUUGAUGGACUCUAACUACAUCGAUCCGAAAUUUCCUCCAUGCGAAGAAUAUUCGCAAAAUAGCUACAUCCCUGAACACAGUCCGGAAUAUUACGGCCGGACCAGGGAAUCGGGAUUCCAGCAUCACCAUCAGGAGCUGUACCCACCACCGCCUCCGCGCCCUAGCUACCCCGAGCGCCAAUAUAGCUGCACCAGUCUCCAGGGGCCGGGCAAUUCGCGAGGCCACGGGCCGGCCCAGACGGGCCACCAUCACCCCGAGAAAUCGCAGCCGCUCUGCGAGCCGGCGCCCCUCUCAGGCGCCUCCGCCUCCCCGUCCCCAGCCCCGCCAGCCUGCAGCCAGCCAGCCCCCGACCAUCCCUCCAGCGCCGCCAGCAAGCAACCCAUAGUCUAUCCAUGGAUGAAAAAAAUCCACGUUAGCACGGUGAACCCCAAUUAUAACGGAGGGGAGCCCAAGCGCUCGAGGACAGCCUACACUCGGCAGCAAGUCCUGGAAUUAGAGAAAGAGUUUCAUUACAACCGCUACCUGACCCGAAGGAGAAGGAUCGAGAUCGCCCACUCGCUGUGCCUCUCUGAGAGGCAGAUCAAAAUCUGGUUCCAAAACCGUCGUAUGAAAUGGAAGAAGGACCACCGACUCCCCAACACCAAAGUCAGGUCAGCGCCCCCGGCGGGCGCGGCGCCCAGCACCCUCUCGGCAGCCACCCCGGGCACUUCUGAAGACCACUCCCAGAGCGCCACGCCGCCGGAGCAGCAACGGGCAGAGGAUAUUACCAGGUUAUAAAACAUAACUCACACCCCUGCCCCCACCCAUGCCCCCCAUCCUCCCCUCACACACAAAUUGACUCUUAUUUAUAGAAUUUAAUAUAUAAAUAUAUAUUUUUGGUUCUUUUUCUCUCUUCCUCCUGCCGCCUCCUCCCUUGUUAAUUCCAAACAGACAAAACAGAUAAA